CGUAGUCGUAGGUAGCUACGUACGUAAGCGCGUAAAGUAAGGUACUGUAACACUUUCUGUCCAUUUCCAUUUGUUCGAUACCGGCAGAGGACAAAAGACACACCGACAGCCAGACACACAAAGAGAGAGCGACAUCCACCCCGACCGAGGCCCCACCACAAAGGAACAGAAUGGCGACGAGAGCGGCGAUCGCGCUGGUGGCGCUGCUGGUGCUGGCGGCGCCCGGAGCCGGCGGGAACGGGCUGGCKUCCGCCUUUGGAACGRGCGGCCCGAUCCACCGGGGGGAUUCCUACGCCCUCGAGCCCGGCUCGGAUCCCUCCCUCCUCCCGACCUGCCGGUUCACGGAGGAAGAGGUCUCCCUCCUCAUCGACAAGCGCCUGGAAUACCGGAAACGCCGCCGCUUCGGGGACGCCGACCGGAUCCUGGAGGCCCUCAACGCCAACGGGAUCUACCUGCAGGACAGGGCGAGGCUCUACCGGGUCGACGGGGCCAGCCACUUUGGACGGAGGCAGAGGCCCCCCUACGCCCGCCGGGGGCCGGCCCCCGGGCUGGGCAGAGAGGACCUGGCCGAGAUCCGGGACCGGGUGGAGGACCGGGACCGCGCCAAGGGCCGGAAGGACUACGCCGCGGCGGACGCCAUCGCGGAAGGCCUCCGGCUCGGCUACGGCGUCAGGAUCGACGACAAGAGGCGGGAGUGGUCCGUCUCGGCGCAAGGGACCGGCAGCGGUGGCGAGCAGGCCGCAAACGCCCCCGGCAAAGGGGAACUGUACGUCCCCACGCCGCUGGUCCCGCCGGACCACCCCACSCACACCAUGGCGAGGGAACUCCGGGAAUACGUCCGGGACCGGCUCCGGGAGCGGUCCCUCGCCCGGGGCCGGAGGGACUACGGGGAGGCGGACCGGAUCCGGGACGAGCUGAUGGAGGAGCACGCGGUCCUGAUCGACGACCGCACCCGGGAGUGGAUGGUGGUGGUGCAGGGCGAGAGCGGGGGGGGAGSCUCCGAUCCCUUUGCGGAGGGGGCCCGGCUCUCGCAGAGGUCGGCCUUUGUUCGGAGCGGCAGCCGGGAACCCAGCCGGKMGYGGCGGGGCGGCAGCGACAGCUACCAKGACAGCUAUGACGAAAGCUACAACGACAGCUACAACGACAGAUACAGCGAAAGCAACGACGAUUGGGAGCCGGUGGCCGACCUCCCGGACGUGCCCGGCGGCCGAGAAGCGACGCGGCGAGACGCACGCGACAGAGAGCCGGRUGSCACCAGUGCGGCCGCUGCCCCGGUGGCACCGGCCACCGAAGGAACGCCCCCCACGGCAGCGCCGGACCACAAACUGGUGGCCCUGACGGUUCCCCUCCUCAAGGAAAAGCUCCGGGCGGAGGGACUGAAGGUGAGCGGGAGAAAGGCGGACCUCAUCGAUCGCCUCGUGUCCGCGGGAAUCCUCGAAUAGCAAGGCACAGCACAGGACGGCACGGCUCAGCACGGCACGGCACCGCACGGCACGGCACCGCACGGCACGGCACCGCACGGCACGGCACGGCACCGCAUGGAACAGAUCAGAAUGUGCGCACCGCGAGUUUUUCGAUGGACGCACAGAGCGUACUCGAACGCUGCAAUCCAUUGCGAUUCGAUGCAAUUGUUGGAACCAAAUUGGAGCACAUCGCCUGGAAAGAGAGACACGAGCCAUCGCCUGUCACUGCUUUCUUGACCAACGAUCCUUCUCGCGGCGAGACGAGGGAUGCCUUAUGAAAACUAAACUGUGACAACACAG